CACCAUGAACCGGCUCCAGGAUGACUACGACCCCUAUGCAGUUGAAGAGCCUAGCGACGAGGAACCCGCUUUGAGCAGUUCUGAAGAUGAAGUGGAUGUGCUUUUACAUGGAACUCCUGACCAAAAACGAAAGCUCAUCAGAGAAUGUCUUACUGGAGAAAGUGAAUCAUCUAGUGAAGAUGAAUUUGAAAAAGAAAUGGAAGCCGAAUUAAAUUCCACCAUAAAAACAAUGGAGGACAAGUUAUCCUCUCUGGAAACAGGGUCUUCCUCCGGAACUGGAAAAGUUGGAACAGCUCUCACAAAGUACUAUGAUGAUAUAUAUUUUGAUUCUGAUUCUGAGGAUGAAGACAAAACCNAUAUGGAUCCUGAAAAUAUCUGGAACCUGCACCCACAACCGGGCAAAAAAUUGCAGAGCAGUGGUAACCAGGAAAGGGCUUUACAGUGGCACCGAGAACUGAUCCAGGAGCUUCUGGUGCACAUGUGA